AGCUUUGUUCCCCUCCCAUUUACUUCCUGUGGAGCUGUUACUGGGUAAUUCUUCUUCACCGAACCUCCUUGGAGCCUUCGCAGAACGCCUGGAUCUCCCCAUGAUGACACCUGCAAGACAAGAAACAGACAAACACAUCAAUAGUUCAUAUUCAUCCUUCACUACAGGAAGCAUCAGAAUGAUACCGCAAACUCCAAAAGUCUUAGACACCAAUGACUAUUUACAAACAUUGGGGACAUCACAGCAGAUAUUUCAAGAAGAUGGUGAAUUGGAAGGAACUGGGCAGCAAUCAUUAUGUACAGAGAGUAAUUUAGUCAUCAAACAAGAGGACAACAUUAAUGCCUUAUCUAGUGAAAUUAUUAUCCCAGAAGAUAAACCACAUACAUUUACAGAUUAUUCAAAACAUAUUAAAGAAAGGAAAAGUCUACAGUUUACCAAAAUAAUUCAUACAAAGGAGCAACCUUUUAAAUCUACAGGAUGUGAGAAAAUCUUUAGAAAGAAGUCUAAUCUACUAGAACACCACAAAAUUCACACAGGUGAGAAACCACACAUAUGUACUGAGUGUGGUAAAUGUUUUACACAAAUUAAUCAUCUGAAAACUCAUAAAAAGUUUCACACAGGAGAAAAGCCGUUCACAUGUACAGAGUGUGGAAAAAGUUUUACACUAAAGAGUCAUCUGAAAACUCAUACAAUGAGUCACACAGGAGAAAAGCCUUUCACAUGUACAGAGUGUGGAAAAAGUUUUACACAAAUAGGUAGUCUAAAAACUCAUGAAAGGAUUCACACAGGGGAAAAGCCUUUCACAUGUACAGAGUGUGGAAAAAGUUUUACAAAAAAGAGUGAACUGCAAAUGCAUGAAAGGAGUCACACAGGGGAAAAGCCGUUCACAUGUACAGAGUGUGGAAAAUGUUUUACACAAAAGAGUCAUCUGAAAACUCAUGAAAGGAGUCACACAGGGGAAAAGCCGUUCACAUGUACAGAGUGUGGAAAAAGUUUUACACAAAAGAGUCAUCUGAAUAGACAUGAAAGGAUUCACACAGGAGAAAAGCCUUUCGCAUGUACAGAGUGUGGAAAAAGUUUUAUAGAAAAGGGUGAACUGGAAAUGCAUGAAAGGAGUCACACAGGGGAAAAGCCGUUCACAUGUACAGAGUAUGGGAAAAGUUUUAUACAAAAGAGUCAUCUGAAUAGACAUGAAAGGAUUCACACAGGAGAAAAGCCUUUCGCAUGUACAGAGUGUGGAAAAAGUUUUAUAGAAAAGGGUGAACUGGAAAUGCAUGAAAGGAUUCACACAGGGGAAAAGCCGUUCACAUGUACAGAGUGUGGAAAAAGUUUUAUACAUAAGAGUAAUCUGAAAACUCAUGAAAGAAGUCACAAGGGAAGAAACCUUUAACAUGUUUAGAAAGUGGAAAAAAGUUUUUUUUAUUAAAGUCAGGUAUCACAAAACGCCAAAUAUUUACACACAAAUAAACUUUAUAUACACAGUAUAUAACCUCUUUACAAUUAUUCUAAAGAGGACAAACUCUCUAAAUAGAAGCAUCAAAAAAGAUCCUAUUGUAAAUAAUACUUUCUAAUCCCAGUUAUAAAAGCCUCAGAUUGGAAGUGCUCUCCUGCUGUCCUUUGUUCCUCUAUAUAUGUGCACCUCAGUUUCUCUCAUAUCAAUGGGAUAGAAUCCAAACACCAUACAUUUUACACAUAUGAGUAAUCUGAAAACUCAUGAAAGGAUUCACACAGGAGAAAAGCCGUUCACAUGUACAGAGUGUGGAAAAAGUUUUACACAAAUACGUAAUCUGAAAACUCAUGAAAGGAGUCACAAGGGAAGAAACCUUUCACAUGUUUAGAAAGUGGAAAAUUUUUUUUUUUUAAUUAAAGUUAGGUAUCACAAAAUGCCAAAUAUUUGCACACAAACUUUAUAUACACAGUGUACAAACCUCUUUACAAUUAUCCUAAAUAGGGCAAAAAUCCCAGUUACAAAAUCUUCAUAUUGGAAGUGCUCUCUUGCUGUCCUUUGUUCCUCUAUAUAUGUGCACCUCAGUUUCUCUCAUAUCAAUGUGAUAGAAUCCAAACACCACACAGGAAUAUACAGAUCUGUCCUCAUACUGAUCAGUUUACACAACCAUUCACCACCAAAGCACCCCCAGUGUUGUUUAUUAAUAUGCCAGUGUUAGGAGUUGUACGUUUGUUUUACAUAGGGGAGGAAAUAAUUACAUUUACAGAAUAAAGAGUCUUUAUAUGAAUAGAGUGUUAGAGAAUUCUAUAAACAAGAACAUCAGUCUCAAAUGAUUGACAUCUGGGAGAUAUAUUUAAUGUGCACAUCAUGUGGAUAAACCUUUUCUUAUAGCAAUAGAUGCUUAGCAUUGUACAUGUUAUAUACCAGAGGAAUUACUGAGGGGGAACUGAUUUUAUUUAAUGAGACACAAUAUCAGUAACUGGUACAUUUGUGAUCAUAAUCAGUUUAAUUUAAAUGGCUACUAUAACCUACAUGUAUACUGGGUAUGUAAUAUGUGUGUCAUGUGAUCAUAAUCAGUUUAAUUUAAAUGGCUACUAUAACCUACAUGUAUACUGGGUAUGUAAUAUGUGUGUCAUGUGGUCAUAAUCAGUUUAAUUUAAAUGGCUACUAUAACCUACAUGUAUACUGGGUAUGUAAUAUGUGUGUCAUGUGAUCAUAAUCAGUAUAAUUUAAAUGGCUACUAUAACCUACACGUAUACUGGGUAUGUAAUAUGUGUGUCAUGUGAUCAUAAUCAGUUUAAUUUAAAUGGCUACUAUAACCUACAUGUAUACUGGGUAUGUAAUAUGUGUGUCAUGUGAUCAUAAUCAGUUUAAUUUAAAUGGCUACUAUAACCUACAUGUAUACUGGGUAUGUAAUAUGUAUGUCAUGUGAUCAUAAUCAGUAUAAUUUAAAUGGCUACUAUAACCUACAUGUAUACUGGGUAUGUAAUAUGUAUGUCAUGUGAUCAUAAUCAGUUUAAUUUAAAUGGCUACUAUAACCUACAUGUAUACUGGGUAUGUAAUAUGUGUGUCAUGUGAUCAUAAUCAGUUUAAUUUAAAUGGCUACUAUAACCUACCUGUAUACUGGGUAUGUAAUAUGUGUGUCAUGUGAUCAUAAUCAGUUUAAUGUAAAUGGCUACUAUAACCUACAUGUAUACUGGGUAUGUAAUGUGUGUCAUGUGAUCAUAAUCAGUUUAAUUUAAAUGGCUACUAUAACCUACAUGUAUACUGGGUAUGUAAUAUGUGCGUCAUGUUCUGUAACUUGAUAUUAUGUCUGUUAGAUGUUUUCAUAUUAGUUAGAAGCCACAAGAACUGAUGAUAGCACAUACUGUAUAUAUAAAGGGAACAUUAUAUGUCUGAUAAAUCCCUUUGUAUCAAGAGCACAAGUGUUAGGUAUAUUUAUACCAUUGUGUGCAUAUAUCAUGUAAUGCUGCUGUUUACUAUAUAAUGAUAUACAAUGUUUUUUCAUGCAAAUAAAAAGUGAUUGUAAUCCA